UGAUUGGCAUGUUGUGUGGCGCAAUUUCCAACCGUCGCAGUAAAUUGCAAUUUUCAUAUUUGAACUUCGAAGUCACAGCACCAUAGCACUAGCAAAACAAUUUUGAAGGAAAUGGCACUUUCUCGAAGCAAAAGAGAUGAAAUUAUUGCUUUGUGGGCCACACACAGGCUGUAAUCAAACAGAAAUUUCGAGACAGUUAAUGUUGUCGAAACAAACAGUCUCAAAUAUAACAAAUAAAUUUCUUGAAAGAGGAACAUUGAUACCCGGACGAGGGAUAAAACCAAGAAGCGUCAGUUUGCCAGAAGUUGUCGAAUUCGUGGAGUACACCAAGAUAACGAAGCCAAGCACAUAUGCAGCCGAAAUCCAAAGCGAAAUGCUCAACCUUGGCGUUUGUGCUGCGGAUAAAGUUCCUUCGCGCACAACAAUAUCCAGAAUUUUAAACAAAGAUCUUAACUUUACAUUUAAGAAAUUAUCUCCCAUUCCUGCCGAAUCUCUCACAAUGCCAAACCUCGCCAGAACACUUGAUUACGUUAUGUUUAUGUCCGGAGCAGAUCCAUCGAAAGUACACUUCUUCGACGAAUCCUCAGUCACGAAAACAACGCCAAAUCGAACAUAUGGCCACGCAAAACGGGGCGAGAAAGCCUUAGAAGUUCAAAGAUAUUCUUCGAACUGUAAUUAUACGGUUAAUCUUUUGCAUAGUCGUUUUGGUGGGGACUAUUUCAACAUAUUAGAAGGGCCUUCUAACGGUCUAGAAAUGUUACAUUUCUUUGAUGAAUGUCUACAACUUGUUGAUGAUGUGUAUGGAAAUCCCGUUCUUAGUGAUGGCGACAUGGUUGUAAUGGACAAUUGCGGGUUUCAUCACGCAGCAAUGGCUGAAAAUGAGUUACGGACAAUGUUAGCGAAUCGUGGAGUUCAUUUGAUUUUCCAACCACCAUAUAGCCCAGAUUUUAAUACCUGUGAGUUCUGCUUCCGAAAUAUGAAAUUAUUCUUACGCCAGCACGAACAAUAUGCAAUAAAUUUCACAGAGCUUGCUAUAAUGGAGGGCUUACAAACAGUCACUCCAGAAGUUUCCCACAAGUUUUUUCAACAUUGUGGAUUUAACAUCUGAGUAUUUAUAAUUUUGAUAUAUACUGUGUCUUUAUUGUUGUAUGUUGGAACAUGGACAUUGAUUUUCAUUUUGUUUAUUAUGUUGAUU